AGGUAGGGGGAAGGCCCUGGCUGGAGCCUGGGUAGAAGUUGCGCUAUGGCGUGGGCCUGACGCAGGGCCCCCUGGCAGGGCCCUGCUCAGGAAUGCGUGUGCAGCUGGGGCGUGUGCUUGCGUGUGUGUGCCCGCGUGCCACGGCCUCGGCCAAUGGGAGCAGGCGGGGGUGGGGCAGAGCGCGGGGGCCUAGCCCCCCCCCUUGUGCACACACGGCCACACGAAUACAAAGAGGCACCCGCGCGACCUUCCCUGCCACCUUCCUCCUGGCAGCGCCAUGGCCUCCCAUCUCUCUUCGCAGGCCUCUCCCAGGAGGCACCGGGUCCGGGUUUGCCCACAUGUGGAGCAUUAGCUGAGGAGCUCCUUUGCGCCUCUCCCGCCGGUCCGUCAUGUCGUUCAGUGCCACCAUCUUGUUCUCGCCUCCCAAUGCCAACGAGGCCAAGUGCUGCUGCUGCACUUGCAAGAAGGAGCCGGGGGUGGAGGCGGCCUCGGGGGGCCCGCCACCCCCCUGCACCCCCAUCACCGUCUCUGGUCACGGCCUGGCAGUGCAGAACUCGGAGCAGCUCCUCCAUGUCAUCUACCAGCGUGUGGACAAGGCGGUGGGGCUGGCCGAGGCAGCCCUGGCUUUGGCCAAGGCCAACAACGAGGCCUUGAGGCGCCUAGAGGAGGAAGUGGGGGCACUAAGGAGAGGAGCCCCUGCCGCUGUCAAAGCCAGCCCCACACCAGCCCCCGAGGAGCUCCUGGAGGAGGAGGAGGAGGAGGAAGAGGAGGCUGAAGGCCUGCGAAACGGCGUCCAAGUGGUGAUCGAGGAGUUGAGGCAGCUGGGGGCGGCGGCAGGGCCGCCUGGACGCCUGGCUUUCUCGCCCACGCAGCCUGCAGACGGCAGUCUCAGUGGGGUGCUGGAUGACCUGCCUCCUUCAGAUGUGCCCCCACAGCGAGCAGUGGUGCCAACCUACUCCGUCGCCCCCUCCCCUCCCGCCCAGCUGAUGGGGGAGCCCUCACCCUCGCCCUCCUACUCUGAGGAGCUGCCCCACAGCGCCGCCUUUGAGGUUGCCAGCCGGGGGGAACCCCGGUUCUCACUGGGCUUCGCCAGUGUCCCUUGCCGGAGCCGGGGCAAUGGGCCCAAGAACGCCCGGCGCAAGAGGGACCUGGUGCUGUCGAAACUUGUCCAUAAUGUUCACAACCACAUCACCAACGAGAAGAGAUUCAACGGCUCCGAGAGCAUCAAGUCCUCCUGGAACAUCGCGGUGGUGAAAUUCCUGCUGGAGAAACUGAGGCAGGAGCUGGUGACAAGUCAGCACAACUACACUGACAAGGAGCUGAAGGGUGCUUGUGUGGCCUACUUCCUCACCAAGCGGCGGGAAUACCGCAACUCCUUGAACCCUUUCAAGGGGUUGAAGGAGAAGGAGGAGAAGAAGUUACGGAGCCGGCGCUACCGGCUCUUUGCCAACCGCUCAGGGGUGGCACGGCUGCUGGGCCCAGAGGAGCAGCGGCUGUGGGAGGGGGUGACGGAGGAGCUCAUGUCAGACGAGGAGGACAGCCUCAGCGAGCCGGGGGUGUGGGUGGCGCGGCCCCCCCGCUUCCGCGCUUCUCCCCUCACCCAGCUCUGCUACCGCCUGGACAUCAACUCCAAGCACGGCGCUAAGGCCAAUAGGGUGUAUGGGCCGCCCUCAGAGCGGCUGCCCUCAGCUGAGGUCCAGCUGCUGCCCCCCCACCUCUACGACCCUCACUUCCAAGAGCAUGAGGAGGAGGGGGACACGGGCACCCCUCCCUACACCCCGAGCAAUAAGGCUUUCUGCCCCAACCUCAGCUCCUUCAUUGAGAUCAAAGUGGAGAAGGAUGAGUGAGCCGAGAGGGCUGCCCUGCAUCCAUGCACCUAAGAGGGCCCAUGAGAGGCGUGGGAGAAGGGGGGACGGAAAACAGCGUGCGGCUCACCCCACGGACCCACGACCAAGGUGGAAAAAAAAACAACAGGUCACCAAAGAUGGAUGCUACAUCUCCAAGAUGGCUGCCAUGGGGUGAUGGAGAUGGGAUUAGCGACCCCCCAGCUCAGGAGCGAGAUUGAGGUCGAACCAAUAUGGCCACCACACCUCCAAGGUGGCUUGGGGGGUGGCAUGAAUGGAGAAGGCCCCUUCGGGCCACCACGGCCCUCACACUGGAUGAGGAAGUCAAGUGAACCAAGAUAGCCGAGAUGGCCCCCAUGGGGAAUUUCACCCUAGAGACUCGGGGCGGGCAGGAACUGCAGCCCCCAUUAGCUUCUGUCAUCUCAAGGGAGAGAGGGCACUGGCACGAGGGUGACCCCCUCCAGCCACGACGGCCACUUCCUACGACAGACGGCCAUCCUGAAGACGAGGGAAAACAGGUCCGUUGGAGUUUUGAGAUGAGGUGGAAAACACUGGGAAGCUUUGGGGAGGGUGGGGUAUAGGGUACCCCAUUCCCUGGGGUUGGGGGGGAGGGCUGGAGAGCCAGGCAGUGGACAAAGUGCAAGGGGGGAUCCCCCACAAUACAGUGUGUUUUUCACCA